GAGCGCGCUGUGAUUGGAUGUGGGUUGGCCAAUCGGGGGGCUUGGAAUGGAGAGGGUGUUGCAGUAGGGGGACUUGGAGCAGCAGCCACCUGGGCAGGAUGGGUGAAGUGGAGAUCUCAGCCCGGGCGUACGUGAAGAUGUGUCUUCACGCUGCCCGCUACCCCCACACAGCGGUGAAUGGGCUGCUUUUGGCUCAAAGGCAUCAGAUGACAGCUGGGCAACCAGAAUGCCUCUGCAUUACAGACUGUGUGCCCCUCUUCCACAGCAACCUGUCGCUCACUGUCAUGCUGGAGGUGGCUCUGAAUCAGGUUGACAUCUGGAGUUCAGAGCAGGAUUUGAUUCUUGCUGGCUAUUACCAGGCCAACUCUGGGACUGAUGACAAAAGCCUUUCCCCUCUCGCACAAAAGACAGCCGGACGCAUUGCCGAACUGUAUGAGGAUGCCGUGCUUAUUAUGCUGGAUAAUCGGAAAUUCACGAUACACCCUCAGGUCCCUCCAGUAAUCGUCCUGGAGGAGAAAGAUCAUCAGUGGGUCCCCAAAGACAAGAACCUGGUCAUGUGGAGUGACUGGGAAUCCUCUCGCCACAUCUGCAAGUCCCUCCUAGAAGCCAAAGCUUACUCCCAAUUGGUGGAUUUUGAUGCCCACCUGGAUGACAUCAGAGAGGACUGGACCAAUCAGCAGCUGAAUACAGAAAUUGCCCAGUUGGUGUCAGUGGCCAAUGGCAGCGCAUGAAGAAAUGCAACUGGUUGACAAGAGAUAAGAGGGUCACAACAUCACCUCAAGACUGUUUUGGGAUGGUUGUAGAGAAACUGGAUUUGUAGCUGGUGGGAUUUUUAAAAAAAAUUCCUACAGAAAAGGACUUGCCCAAAAUAUUCAUUAUUGUGCAAAAAAAGGGCUCAAACUUAUUUUUUGUCCAGUUGACAAUUUCAAAAACAUGCUUGGUCAAUGCUUCUUAGUACAAAUUUCUGGAUUUUUUCCCUUUGUAAAAUCCUGAAAUUGUAGAAAAUUAAAAGUUGUUACUGCAUUUCUUUAGUUUUGUAACUUAAUAAA